AUGUUCAAGAUGUACAUUUACUGUUUGGCUCUCUUGGGGUUUAUUUCACUCGUUUCUGCAGGUCCUUUGGCAUAUGGCAUCUGCCAAACUGGUUACAACACUCUCGCUGUUGCAUGCUACGCUGCUGCUGGUUUAGCCUUUGGAACGAUUACCGCCGGCGCUGGUGUCCAUGCCGUCAUCCUUGGUUGUAACGCUGCUCUAGGUGCCUGCAUGACUGGUUGUGUUGCUGCAGGCUGCGCACCUAUUCCUUAA